AUGCACAUCAAAAAGAUAGCCAUACAGGGCUUCAAAACUUACAAGAAUGCCACUGUUAUUGACGACUUGAGCCCCAAUUGCAAUGUUGUUGUUGGCAGAAACGGCUCGGGAAAGUCCAACUUUUUUGCUGCAAUUCGAUUUGUGCUUAGCGACGCGUACACACAUAUGACGAGAGAGGAAAGACAAGCACUAAUACACGAUGGGUCUGGGACUGUGAUGUCUGCAUAUGUUGAGAUUGUUUUUGACAACACUGAUGGACGUUUCCCCAUUGCCAAGUCUGAGAUUUCAAUCAGAAGGACUAUUGGUAUGAAGAAGGAUGAUUAUUCUUUGGAUGGAAAGUCGGCAACCAGAUCAGAUAUAAUGAACUUGUUGGAAAGUGCAGGGUUUUCUCGGUCGAAUCCUUACUACAUUGUGCCUCAGGGAAGAAUCACCAGUUUAACCAAUUCAAAGGAUCAUGAACGGUUGACGUUGUUGAAAGAGGUCAGUGGUGCUACGGUUUUUGAAAGUAAGUUGAAGGAGUCCAUGAAGGAAAUGAACCAGUCGACAUUAAAAAGGCAAAGGAUUGAUGAGACGUUGGAUAGCAUAAAUGAGAAGAUUAGUGAUUUGCAGAUUGAGAGCGACGAUUUGAGGGAAUUUCAGUCAUUGGAGAAACAAAAGAAGGUGUUGGAGUAUAAUAUAUUCGACAGAGAGUUUAAUGAGUUGAAUGAAUCAAUUAGUGAAUUUGAGCAAAGACAUCAACAGUUGAUGAUUGAUUCGCAGAAAGAUUUGAAUGAAAUGGAACAAAGAGAAAAGUUGUGCCUGCAAUUGCAAACAUCAAUUAAUGAGUUGAAAGUGUCAUUGAAAGUUUUGUCAUUGGAGAGAGAACAAACUGAUUUGGAUUGCACUCAGUUGUUGAAGAAUAUAGCCGAGAAGGAAAUCAAAGUUAAUGAAAUGAGGGCUAAAUUGGACACAGCCGAUGACAAGUCAACUGACCUCGAGGAUCAAAUAGAGAGCCACAAGUCACAAAUCAAACAGCAGUUGGAUUUAGUUGCCAAAGAUAAGCCUCGGUUAAUUGAGAUGCAAAAGCAGGAGUCAGACUUGAAGCAGCGGUUGGCCGAGUUACAAUCAAAACAAAGAGCUCUUUAUUCCAAACAAAAUAGAUUCCAGAAGUUCAACAAUAAGGAAAAACGGGACUCGUGGUUAGCUAGCGAAAUUUCCAAGUUGAAAAAAGAGGUCAAGGAAAAAGAAAAAGACAUAAAGCAACUUACAAAUGAACUCAAAUCAAAGUCUGGUGAAGAAAAGAGUUGCUCCGAGAGAAUUGGUGAGUUGCAACAGCUUUUGCAAGAUGAAAACCAUCAGGUCCAAAUAACGUCAUUGAAGAACAGCAUCCAGUCAUUGAAGCUGAAAAUAAGCGACCGAGUUGACCAGAGAAAGAGUUUGUGGAGAGACGAGAUUCGGUUAAAGAGUGUUUACGAUUCAGUAACGAAUGACUACAACAAUGCAUCGGUCCUUGUCAAUAAAACAAUGGAUCGUGCGCAAGCCCAGGGAAUUGCUGCUGUGAAAUCAAUAGCCAAAAAGUUGAAUCUUGAGAAGAAUGUUUAUGGAACUGUUGCCGAAUUGUUUCAUGUCAAUGAUAAGUACAAAAUCGCCACCGAAGUUAUAGCAGGAACGUCAUUGUUUCAUGUUGUUGUUGACAGUGAUGCCACUGCUGCGUUGAUUAUUGAAGAAUUGAUUAGAACAAAAGGGGGCAGAGUAACCUUCAUACCUUUAAAUCGUAUUGAGGACACUCUUGUUUCGGAGUAUCCCGAUUCGCAGGAAAAUCAAUGUCUACCAUUAAUUUCCAAACUCAAGUACAAUCAAGAAGUCGUUGGCAAAGCUAUAAACCAAAUUUUUGGGAAGGCACUAGUGGUGAAUGAAUUACAAAAAGGAGCAGAACUUUCAAGAAGGUUUAAAUUGACAUGCAUUACCUUGGACGGUGACAGAGUAGAUACUAGAGGGAUUUUAUCGGGAGGGUACCGCGAUUACAAAACCUCAAGAAUUGAUGCUAUAAAAUUGCAAACGAAAAAGAGAAAUGAGUUGGCCAAAACUGAAACUGAAAUGAAUAAAGUUGGCCAGGAGAUAUCCAACCUCAAUCAAGAAAUGACCAAUUUGAAUAAUGAGCUACAAUUGAGUAUUCGUGACUUGGAUAAAUUAGAAGGUGCUAAGGAGCCACUUGAGGUUGAGUUGUCACAAUUGACGGCAAAGAAGUUCAAUAUAGAUGAAGAGGUUUCGGUAUUGCAAUCGAAUUUGGACUCUUUACAAUCAACAAAGGGAAUAUUGAGUACCAAUGUCAAACAAUUUGAAAAGGAAUUAAAUUCCGAUUUCACUCAAUCGUUGAGCGAGGAAGAAGUGAGACAACUAGAGCUGUAUAACCAGCAACUAGUCGAAAUUGAACGUGAAUUGGAUGAUAUUGUAACUUCAACAUUGGAAUGGGACACGAGAAUAAGUGAAUUAGAGAAUGACGCUGAAAGUAUGCGUUUAAGUAUGAACCUCCUUAUUCAAGAAAAGCAGUCACUCGGCGAUAAAUUAUCCUUACAACAAGAAUACAAUGAACUUGAUCACGAAUUGGAGUCCUUGCAGAUGCAACUUGAUACUGCACAAUCACGCAAUGAUCAAGCCAGUGAAAGUUAUUCACAAAUUAUGGAGGAGAUUAGUGAGAAUGAGAAAAGUUUGGCCCGAGCAAAUGAACAACAAAUUGCUACAUUGAAGAAUUUUGAAAAGUUUUCCAAAGCUGCCACCAAGUUGUUAAAUCAAAAACUGAUCAAGGAACAAACUAGAGACGAAGCGAAUAAGAAGAUUAGAGAGUUGGGUAUGUUGCCUGAAGAAGCGUUCCAGCCGGAGAAGUUUGACAAGUUUAAUUCCAAUGAUUUGGUUAACCAAUUGAAUAAAGUUAAUGAAAAAUUAACCAAAUAUUCCCACAUUAAUAAAAAAGCCAUGGAACAGUAUAAUCAAUUUACCAAGCAACGAGAUGAUUUGAAUUCAAGAAAGCAAGAAUUGGAUGAAUCGAAAAAAUCCAUUGAGGAGUUGAUUCAAAACUUGCAACAACAAAAGAAAGAAGCAAUUAUGAAUAGUUUUAAACAAGUUGCCGAAGCUUUUCAUGAAAUAUUUGAAAAAUUGGUGCCGCAAGGUGUUGGUUAUUUGGAAUUGCAAAGGAAGAGUGUUGGUGAUACUCAAACACAAACGCAAACGCAAACGCAAACGCAAACACAUCGUGAUGAUGAAGAUAUUGAGACCCAAGAGGGAGGUGGAGAUGAUUCCAUAGAUAAUUACACUGGUGUUUCCAUAUCAGUGUCAUUCAAUUCCAAAAAUGACGAGCAACAAAAGAUUGAACAAUUAUCAGGUGGACAAAAAUCGUUAUGUGCCAUUGCUCUAAUUUUUGCCAUUCAACAUUGUGACCCAGCGCCAUUUUAUUUAUUUGACGAAAUUGAUUCUAAUUUAGAUACGCAGUAUCGUACAUCAGUGGCAUCUUUGAUCCAUUCACUUAGUGCCAAAGCUCAAUUUAUAUGUACUACUUUCCGGUCAGAGUUAUUGUCGUUGGCAGGAAACAAGUUUUAUGGAGUCAUGUUUAAUAACAAGGUGAGUAAUAUUGUGGGAAUUAAUAAGGAAGAUGCAAUGAAUUUUGUAGAGGGGCAAGUGAACCAUUGA